AUGCGGAAGAACUACCUUUGGUGCGAGGGCAAGAAGGCGAACUCAUUGGCAGUGGAGGAGUUUGACUACAUCUUUGUUUCUGCAACCACCGGCUUCUGCGCUUCUUUUCUGCGCUACCACGAUGCGUUGCAGUUCCGUGGGUACGUCAGUUCUAAAGCCAUUGCAUGGGCGCAGCUGACUAGCCUUUGGCCUGAUGAUCACUCACAUCAGCGCUUCAACCAAGAUUAUGGCCAAGCACGCUUGCUCUUCCAUGUCAUCGCGGAGUUUAAGGACAUGUGGAAGCUUCAUUCCCGGAAGGACAAAGAACGUCUCCUGCGAAGCAUUGAGAUCGACAACCCCUUGCAGCUUGCAUCCAGCGACUGGGUGCAUUUUGGGGUUGUCUUGAAGUUAGUCUCGGAGCUUUUGCCCCUCUACAAGAACUACUGGACCAUCGACAAGUUCCACGCACGUGGACACGGUCCCGACUGCAAGUGUUCACUGCUCAAUCAUAAGCGGCUUGAGCGGAGAUUGAAGGAAGUUAACACUUCGAUCUCAUGGUUCAGGGGGUACUCCAGUACAUUCAGUUCCAUGAAUCCCAAUGUGCAGCUGUUUUACGUCCUCGCCUAUGCUCGGCGACGCAAUGCCAUGGAAGCGGACGGGGGCAUCGAGCACCAAAAUCCUUGGCCUGCGCAUAAGCAGGCCAUGAAGAAGGCGGCCGCUUGGAAGAAACCUGCCAGCCACAGCUACAAUUGCAAAGCAGUGGCCAAGACUCACGUAAAGAAGAAACCAGCGGCUGCAGCACGUGAUUCGGUGGUCUCUGGCUUCUUCAACUUCCUUCAUUCUGGAAGGUCCGGCUAUGUGCUUCUGUGUGGCUUUGCGCUGUUGGUGCUUGCUGGGGUCAUGAUGGUGGCGACUUUCGACAGCCGAGAAGCGAGAGCAGCACCGCCGGGCUGGGAACGGUUCGUGGCUGCAACAAGCUCCAACCAGUGGGUUUCUUGCGCCUUCCUGCUCUCUGCGGCUUCCAUUGUGCUCAGUCGCACGACACACUCAAGUGAAGUUAUCCUUCGUUUUCCUGGAUUCGGAACGUUGCAACAACAAUUAGUGAGUGCACGGCGCACACCUGCAUAG